UAAUAUUUAAAAAACAACAAAAAGAGUAAAUUAAAGAAGAAGAAAAAUGUGAAACCCUUACAGGUUACAUUAUCGCUCGUCGUUUUCAUCUUCUCCGAUCGUCGGCCUUCCUUGAAUUCGCCUCUCGUUCUUCUCCGUCGCGGCGCCUCUCACUGCGUUCCUCGUCGACAAGGUUUCAUUAACUUUAUACAUGGAACCAUCAGCCGAAGAGUAUGCUGCCUUUGAAGAGAAGGUUAAAAGGACAGUGUACUUUGACAACCUGUCACCACAAGUUACUGAGUCUGUGAUUAGAACUGCUCUUGACCAGUUUACAGCUGUGAAAAAUGUCAAGUUUAUCCCCAACUACCUAGGACCGAGCAAUCUGCCGCAAUGUGCAUUGGUGGAAUUGGACUCUGCCAAGAAGGUCAAGGAAGUGAGAGCAAUGAUUGGGCAGUAUCCUUUCAUGAUGUCUGGGAUGCCACGGCCCGUAAGAGCUCGUCCUGCUGUAGCGGAAAUGUUUGAUGAUCGGCCAGUAAAGCCUAAGAGAAAGAUGAAGUGUUGUUGGUUGGAGAAAAAUGACCCUGAUUUUGAGGUGGCAAGAGAGCUGAAGAAUCUGACACGUAAACAUGCUGCAGAAAUAGCAUUCAUGCACAAAGUGCAUCUAAAAGAAGAAGAGAAGCUUGCGGCUCAGCAGGCAGAAACACUUAAAGUGCAUUACAAAAAGUUUAAGUUGAUAGAGGGCAUUAUGACUGACAGAACUGCCCUUACUUUGGCGCGAAAGUAUAAUCUGGCAGUUGCAGAUGAGUGAAAGAGUAUUUCCGAUUAACAAUUUAUGUAAAUAGUUUUUUCUCUGUGAUUAGGAUCAAGCUUAGUUUCACCCUGCUGCUGCUAAAGAAAUUCCAUUUAUACAUGGUAUGUAAUAUGCUAUUCAAUCCUUGUCAACGAUUUGAUGCUAAUGUUGUUUUCCUAUCAUCAGAUUCAUGGCAGUGUGUUGGUGGAUGUUUAAGUUUUAUUUUAUUAGAUCAACUUUUAGAAGACUCAUUCUGAAUCGGAAGUAGUGCAUGUUUGGUUCAA